UUGUGUCGUUGAACAGGGACCGGUGUGUUUUAAAACCGCGAAGCUCUUCUCACGUCACUCGUUUAGCCCGUUCGUUGAAUAAACAAAUUAAAAAGUUAAAUAAUAAUAACUCCCCGCGUUUUAAUUUUCGCUCAGUUGUUUUUACCCAGAAACUCUUAAACAAAUAUCAUCAACCACCUGUGUGCAACAAUAUUUCAUUACAACUAUUAUCAUUAUUAGUAUUAGUACAUACCAUUAUCAUUAUUUUCAGUACCAUUAUCAUUAUUAUUACUAUAAUUAACUUUUAAAGUUACUUGGAGUUGUUUUUUAAUAAUGACACCGCGACUUUUAUCAGUUUAAUCUCUGGUUGUUUCGGACGAUGACAUUAUCCCCGUUUAUUCAGCUCAGUGUGUCUUGUCUCUACAAGUUUAACCAGAAGUACACUCGACAACAUAAAAUAUCAUCAAAAUCAGUGUCGCCUGUCUACUUUAUUUGCUCAACUUAAUAUUUUGUGAUACACGCACAUACAUACAUCCAUACACACGCAUACAAUGUGCCUACAACACACAUUGUUUCAUAUUAAUAAACUUAAAUAUUCAUCGUACGAAGCCUGAAUUAGCUAAUGUAACCCCCUUCUACUUGUUAUUCUCCUUAUUCUUCUUCUUAUUCUUCAACUUGUUCUUAUUCUUAUUCGUAUUCUUAUACUUCUUGAUCGUGUCCGGUUAAAAAACCCGUACUGUCUGGCAUAUCGCCUUAACUUUGGUUUGCUUAGCUUUUAUUGCAAUACUUAAACACUGCGUGGUUACAUUUACACGUCAGUUGUCCAGUUGACAUCAGGUUGGGCCCAGGUAUAGUCACUCCAACUCGACCGAAAUAGUUACGACCGAUUUUAAAACUCUUGACCGUUAAUAAUAAAUAUAUAUCAUACAUACAUACCAUUGCAUACAUUAGUAAGACAACUUGAUACCACCGAGCUCGGCCGACUUUGUCCGCAAAACUAUUCUGCAUAAUGUGAAUUAUUUAAUAAAGUAACGACGUCAACAACAAAUAAACAUGAACAAUUGGCCCGCAGUGACAUCCAAUCAAGACUUUAUAAUUGGGCACUGACGGCUUAAUAGCUGGUCAAGAUGAUCACAGUAAUUAAUUCAUCACCCAUUUUAUUCGGCGUAUGACCAAUUAUUGCUGAAAGUUGAAAGAAGGAUGAAGAAUGCCCCGCGUCGGCGGAGAAGGGGAUGGUGGUGGCGAGAACGAGAGGCAGAGCGGUGGAUUGGCGGGAUGGUAUACAGGUGGAGCAACUCGAACUAUGACCGGAAAUACUGGAAGUGCGUACGUCGUUUUAGGUGGUACCAAAUAUGCGAUACGUCUUUCUCAGGAGAGAGUACCGACACCGGCAGUGUCACCAAUACCGACAGACACCUCGUCCGAGAGCUGUCAGAGAAAAUACUGCUGUCGCAAAAGCGACUCUCGUGAGCGUCUGACAGACACUAGUCUGCUGACGAGCAUCAAAGCCCCGGCCUCGGAGAAGGUACAGCCGAUCAGCGGAAUCGGCGACUGCUGCUGCAUCGGUCCACGUUCGCGGCUCCCUCUGCCGCGAACACUCACCGGACUAUCAUCAAGUCCAAGUGUAUGUUCAUCAGCAAGUGGAGAACGCAGUGGAGGUAACAACGCCGGCAACAUCAGUACCAGUGGAGGCAGUUAUAGCUCGGGCGGAAGCAUCGGCAACGCUGCCGUCGAUCGUGCACGAGGAGUAGUAAGAGUAGGAGGACAAUCUUCGCCGCCUCCCACCAGAACAACAACCCAGUCCAACCGACUACCGUCAAACUCAAAUGCUAAUAAUAACUGCGGGGGGCUGCAGCUAAUGGGAAGCCACGGCUCCCAGUUGCAAUCAUCCUCGUCAUCGUCGUCGUCGUCGUCGACAACUCCCGCCGCCAAACCAGCAGCUAAGGCUUACACCAACUCUGCCAACGCCGUACUGCCCACUUGUGCUUUUGCUCCGACAAUUAACGCUGUCUCUGUGCCGCGACAAAUUGCUCAUUGGACCAAACAUCAUUCCUUCAAACUACAGGAACAAAACAUACCAGCGGUGGACCGGCUGCACAGAUUCAGAUGGAGUGGGGGCGGAGGAGGAAAUGGGAAAAAGUCCUCUUCCGGCCCCCGCACCGACAAAGCCGAGCGUCUUCGCGAGUUGACGGAGAAAUUGAAAAACACAACGGCGCCAGUACCACCGCCGCGAAAACCUUCACGUCUUCAUGCGUCGCCACCGCCGCCUCCACCUUCGCUACCUGGUCAACAAGUCAACCACAAUAAUCAUCACCACCAUCAUCACCACUAUCACCAGUACCCUCAGUCGAUAACCAAUCGAUCGACACCGCGAAAUUACAUCUACAGCGAAGACCGUCCAAUCCACGAUCCAGGAUUCGUCGAGAGCAAUAAAAAUGACAGUAACGAAAGGACUUUAUUAGAGAGAAGCACGAGUGUAGACGGUGAUGAUUACCAAGAGUGUUCGACUGUUAAUCAAGUGAUUGAUGAAAAGCCCAGCACAUGGUCAUUGAGAAGCUCGUGGUCAAAGCCCUCGUCCGUCAGUGCGAUUAACAAAAAAAGUGGUGAUAAUGACGAAGUAAGACGGCUAUCGUCGGACGCGUACUACAGUGAGCCAAAACACUUAAGGCAGUACAGUGAUUCUUUGGUGGUUGAUAGUGCUAAGUGUAAAGAUAAUCUUUACGAUUUUACAUCAACAAUAACAACGAAUCCAUCAGUAUCUGGCGGUAGCAGCGAGAGCGAGGCCAGGGACGCAGUGACCACGUUGGAGCCUCGUACGUCUCUCCUUACUUUUCACCGAACUGGUGUGCCCUUUAGGAGCGCAUCCUUCGGCCAAGUGGACUUCAAUCAAGGUAAUCGUCAUAGAACGCAACCAAUUUCAAAUGUAAAUCGAGUUCAGCUGAAGGAUGUAAGAGCGAGUACGUUGCCACGAAGAAGAUCUGGCGCAACGAGUCCAGGAGCUGCCUCGCAAAACAGCCCGAACCCACAGAGUCCGAGGGCCUCGAUAGCGAGCGUCGACAGCGCCGUCGGCUCCACCGAGGGUCUAGGGGUAAAUCAGACCCUCGGCGAGGAGGUCAGACCCCGGAGCGACGGGUCCGACAGCCUGGCAACCUCCAGUGCCCUGACUAGUCCCGAACCUCCGGUGCUGGAGUGCCGAGAACCCUCGCCCGUCAAUUCGGUCCAACCUGAGCUUUGUGUUGAUGACAAGGAAGAUAAAGCUGAUACUAAAGAAAUUGAUGAUAACGAAUCUAAAGAUCGGUUAGAGUUACAUCAGGUAAUAAUCACACCGCCGUCUGAAGAAUCGCGGAUGAGUCAGGCAGCCAACGAAUCGGUCAAAGUGCCAAGUGAAAAGAUACCUGAGGUGGUAGCGCCUACGGGUAAAGUUCGCAGAAGUCGCGGUGACACGAGUAAACGCAGAAAAGGCGUGUACAUAACCCAGUGGCCGGAACCCUCAGAAAAUGACAGAAACAAAUUGUCUGCUCAGAGUAGCGAAGAGAAAGACGAUAAAGACGAUAAUAGUAAAGAGGAGAAGGAAGAGAAGGAUGACUUACCGGCUACCUUGAGUGAUGUUUCAGACUGUGAAGGUCAUGUACCUCGAAGAUACAGUAAGAGACCACUUCGCGGACCGUACGGGCAAAUGUUAGAAGCUGAAAUGGCAAAGCCCCGUAUCGCUGAUACGAGCCUGUCAGACAGUCUUGGACCAAAGAGAAAAGUAUCUGCAAAUCUGUCUUACAGCGCAGGAAGUAACAGCAACUCAGAGCCCCCGACUCCGUGCCACCACCGAGCGACUUCCAGUCCAAGCAAACUCGAAGGUCUCCCAGGGCCCAGCCCGGAACUGCUGGCCCAACUUCUCCGUGGGUCCUCUGAACGGGUAGCACGGGCGCCUACCACUCAUCGAAACGACACGAGAACGCACGUUGUAGUGGAGCUUUACGACACUGAAAAAUCAUAUGUGGAGGCCUUGCAAAUACUAGUCAAUAAAUAUCUGCAAACUCUAAAAAGUUCCGAAAAUGCUGGACUUGUUGACUCAGCGACUGUCGAUGAAAUAUUUUACCAGGUGCCAGCAAUUCUCAGUCAUCAUGAAAUUUUUUUACAGCAACUUAGAAAACGAUUAGACACUUGGGAAGUUAGUCAAACAAUCGGUGAUAUUUUUCUUGAUGUCUUUACAAAGCCAGCGGUCUUAGAAACUUACACAUUGUUCCUCGACAAUUGGAAAUCCGCGAAGAAAGCUAUCAAAGCGACUUGUCAAUCUAAGCCGGCAUUUGCACGAUUUCUCGAGACAAUGGAGCGCGAGCACAAGGGAAAACUUGGACUGGAUCAGUUACUUAUAAAGCCAGUACAGAAAAUACCGAGGUAUGAGCUGCUUAUUCAGAGACUAUUGAAACACACAGACACGUCCCAUCCAGAUUAUGAGCUAUUAAUUGCCGCUCAGAAGGAGGUCCACGAGUUGGUCGUUAAGAUUAACUGUACCGAGCGCGAGUCUCUCGAGUGGGAACAGCAGCAAACCACCUUGAGAGAGGUCCAAUCCCUGGUCGAAGGUCUCGCGGGAAUUGUUACCAAUGAUAGAGCGUUCAUUCGUCAUGACUUGGUCACGAUCGCUUCCAAUCAAGGAACACGGAAGGAAAGAGCACUUUUUUUAUUUUCUGAUCUUUUGGUUAUCACUAGUAUUAAACGUAGGAGUGGGACCAUCAGAAAACCAUUGACGAGCUCAUGUCCAAAUAGUUUAGUUGGACUUCUUGAAGCUAACAAAUACAAGUUACUUAUGAGAAUUCCUUUAGAUGAUUUAGAAGUAAUGAAAGCCAAAGACGAAAAUUUACGAAAAAUGGCUCGUGAAGUAGAUCAUUUACGCGAAGACUGUGCGACUCUGAGUCAACUGCAAGAGCUUGCCGCCACUCUGCACGGAACCAAACAUCAGUUGGAAGAUCUCAUAAAAGAAAUGCUGGGCCAAACUCAGCGUCAACUCGCGGACCGCAAUACCGCGCACUCCCAACUAGCCUGUCUGGAAUUCACUCUAAACACUCAGUCAGGAAUGGAGAACAUUUCGAUAAUAUUUACGAAACCGGACAAACGUGCCAGCUGGGAAGAAAGCUUCAAUGAGGCCAAGCAGAAGCUCGCCCUCUCCUCAGACAGAAGGCCGUGUCCAGAAUUCGUUGGACCCUUGCCGAUUCGUAAAACGCGAGCGGGAUUACAGUUUACGUGCGCCGCGCCCACGAUCACUACCGGUCAAGGUUCCUCGGACGUUUGGGUAUGCAACAGUGAUGGAUAUGUUGGACAGGUGUGUGUGCUGAGCUUGAGUCCGGAACCUCCUCAAGUUACUUCCUGCAACGGUGUCUGCAAUGCUCGGAUACUUUGUGUCGCCGGUAUUCCUGCUAAAUUGUCUGGUUCUGUCACAAGUACGAUUAAAUCAAACAGCAAAAACAAUAAUAACAAUAAUAAUAAUAAUAAUAAUAAUAACAACAACAACAACAACAACAACAAUAUUAAUAAUAAUAAUAAUAAUAGCAUGGAUGAUGAUAGUUCACUAACGGGAAGUAAAAGUGGAAUAAGUAUUUCGAUCCAAGACACCGAUGCCAGUGGCAGAAACAUUGAAUUGGACAGCAGUUCAAGUUCUGAUGACUCAGACUCGGACGAAAUAACUCGAACAAUUGAAACAGCUGCGGGAUCAAUGUACAGCGACUUAUCGAGCAUCGAUGGGGCUGACGAGGACACCAACCAGCCGACAAUGUGGCUGGGUACUGAAGACGGCUGCAUCCACGUUUACAAUUGCAGUGACAACAUUAGAAUAAAGAAGAACAAAAUAAAAAUCCAGCAUGGAAGCAGCGUCCACUCGAUUAUCUACUUGGACAACAAAGUAUUCGUCGCACUGUCCAACGGAGACAUCGUCGUGUACAGUCGCGACCAAAACGGGUGGAACACCCUGGACCCGCUUACUGUGUCGGUCGGCACCGCCGAGUCCCCGGUCACCAAAAUGGUCCCAGUUUCGGUGAACAACAAGCUGUGGUGUAGCUGCCAUAAUACUGUUAAGAUAAUAAACAUUGUGACUUUGGAGAUAGAGCACACUUUCAAUGUCGGUGGCGAUAAUGCGCGGCCAGUGUCUUGUAUCGCCGCGUCAGGUUCUUUGGGUGUGUGGAUUUCUCUCCAUAACAGCGCAGUACUUAAAUUGUAUCAUGCAACCUCGUAUGAGUGUCUGUCGGACAUAAAUAUUGCGCCUGCUGUUACCAAAAUGCUUGCCAUUGCAGGUUGCGAUGACAUAAUAAGACAGCAUAAAGCAGCUUGCUUACGUGUUACUGCUCUUCUAGCGUGCAAUGAUCUCUUAUGGAUAGGAACAAGUGCUGGUGUUCUUUUGACCGUACUCAUUCCGCACAUAAAAGCAUCGACACAGAGAUUACCCCAAGCUCCAUCAGUUACCGGAAUACCUCACGGCCAUACAGGACACGUUCGUUUCCUCACAUGCGUAGAAGCGCCAUCGCCCACCAAAGUCGACACCCACUCAAAAAUAAAUCGUUACUCAUUGAAAAUCGGUAAGACCCAGCAGACAAACAGCAUAAUCCGCACAAAGCUGCUGGUUAUUUCAGGCGGCGACGGGUACGAGGACUUCCGCGGUCCUCAAGCAUCCGCAGAACUUCAGGCAGGUCGUGAAGACUCAACCAAUCAUUUAUUACUAUGGAAGGUCUGAUAACCUCAAGGAAAAAAGCUCAAUGAUGAGCUCUGGGAAUUUAAAUAACAAAUUUUUCGUCGUCAGUUAAUGCGACCGCGGGAUCGCAUAACUGGGAAAGUUUAUGCUCGAUCGGCAAGCGGGAUCGAGCGAGGAAGCGCUGGGGUUUUUUUAAAACCAUCUUACGGCAAUAUAUUUAAUUAAAGUAAAGUCCAAGAAUGUUAACGUAAGUGCAGUAAUCACUUAUAAAUAAAUAUUUAACAGUUUAAUUACUGGAUUUAAAUUUUAUAAAUCGGCUGACCAAUAAGCGGUAGAAAAUAUUUGUUUUUUAAAUUUAACCAGCCAAAAUGCUUGCCAAUAUAAUACGAAUCUCAAAUUUAUAUUUUUUAAAAAUAAUUUAAAGCGUGAUAUUGUAAAAAAUUAUAUGUGCAUUGGCAGUAUUUUUAAUCAUUUUUAUUAUUAUUAUUUUAAUUUGAAAAAAUAAAAACGUACAUUAUAAUUAUAAAUUAUAAACAAAUACAUAUAAUAAUAAUUAUCAUACAAUUCACGUACGGUUGUUAAAUUAAUAAAAAUAAAUAAUCGGACACAAAAACGAUAUAUA